AUGACCAUUCACCCAUGUCACUUCACACAUGCCCAUUCACCCAUGUCUCUUCACACAUGCCCUUUCACCCAUGUCCCUUCACACAUGCCCAUUCGCGCAUGCCAUUCGCGCAUGCCCAUUCGCACAUGUCCCUUCACAUAUUCCCCUUCACUCGUGCCCAUCACCAUCUUCCGUCACCAACCACCACCGCACACCACCACCCACCACCACACACCACCACCCACCACCACCGUGCAGGUAUCUGCCUUCACUCACAUCAUUGACACCCAUCCGAUCCUCAAGAUGCACCCGUCCUCUUCCACACCUGUUACCAGCGUGACAUCACCACUUCUCUCGACAGUUCUUUCAGUGACUUCUCCAUUGAACAAGCACGAGGGGGAGAGGGGAGAUGGUAGGGUAGUGGAGCAAGCACGAGGGGGAGAGGGGGAGAGGGUAGAGGCUAAAGCAAGAGUGGGGGAGAUGGUGGAGAACCAUGAGUUAAACCGAGACAGCUACAAUCAGUUUGGGUUGACACAGCUGUCCCCUGACCUCCCCGGUUUUCCUUCCCGCCCCGCAAUUCCCCUUUCCGCCUCCCCGUUUCCCCUCCCCGCACCCCGUAUCCCCUUCCCGCCACCCCAAUUCCACUUUCCGCCACCACUUUUCCCCUCCCCGUCUCCCGAUUACCCCUUCCCGCCUCCCCGGUUUUCCUUCCCGCCCAACAAUUCCCCUUUCCGCCUCCCCGUUUCCCCUUCCCGUACCCCGUAUCCCCUUCCCGCCUCCCAAAAUCCCCUCUCCGCCACCCCUUUUCCCCACCUCGUGUCCCCAUUACCCCUUAUCGCCUCCCCGGUUUCCCUUCCCGCCCCGCAAUUCCCCUUUCUGCCUCCCCGUUUCCCAUUCCCGCUCACCGUUUCCUCUUCCCCCAUUCGCGUUCCCCUCCCCGCUCCCCAUUACCCCUCCCCACCUCUCCGUUACCCCUUCCCACCUUCUUCAUUCCCCUUCAAGCUCCCCAUUACCCCUCCCCGCCUCCCGGUUUCUCCUUCUCGCCGCCUCAAUACCGGUUCCAGCCUCCUCGUUUCCCCUAGCCGCCUCCCCGUUUCCCCUUCCCGCUCCCUGUUUCCCCUUCCCGCUCCCCGUUUCCCCUUCCCGCUCCCCGUUUCCCCUUCCCGCUCCCCGUUUCCCCUUCCCGCUCCCCGUUUCCCCUUCCCGCUCCCCGUUUCCCCUUCCCACCUCCCCGUUUCCCCUUCCCGCUCCCCGUUUCCCCUGCCCGCUCCCCGUUUCCCCUUCCCGCUCCCCGUUUCCCCUUCCCGCUCCCCGUUUAGCCUUCCCGCUCCCCGUUUCCCCUUCCCACCUCCCCGUUUCCCCUUCCCGCUCCCCGUUUCCCCUUCCCGCUCCCCGUUUCCCCUUCCCGCUCCCCGUUUCCCCUUCCCGCUCCCCGUUUCCCCUACCCGCUCCCUGUUUCCCCUACCCGCUCCCCGUUUCCCCUUCCCGCUCCCCGUUUCCCCUUCCCACCUCCCCGUUUCCCCUUCCCACCUCCCCGUUUCCCCCUCUUGGCUCCUAAUUUCCCUCAUUGCCUCCCGUCUAUCCCCACCCAACCCACCCAUCUCCAUUUCCCCUCUGUCCUGA